AUGCGUCUUGUGAAUCUUUCACAUAGACAAGUAAGCAAAAUAUUGGAAGAGGAAGGUCUCGAGGGAUUGGACGAGAUAGCUUCUGAUGGACCGGAAUGUCAGUAUUCAGAAUACUAUAGGACCGAUGAUGCUAUAUAUUAUCAGCGGGUGGUGCGUCAUACAAAGCUCGAGUCAAAGCAUCAAAUCAACGGUUUGAUUGACAUCCGUGUCACUGACAUGGCAACAGGUUUGACACAUUAUCACAUCAAGGACAAAGUGGAGACUUACCACCCCAAUCUCGCUGAUGCAGUCCACAAUUUGGAGGCUGAGCUUUUUUGGCCCGGAAGUGAAGCACACUUAAGCCUGCAGGGUUCAUGUUGGAUGAUAGCAAUUCGUGACAGUGAGAAUGGUAGCUCUUAUGAGGCAGACUGGUAUGGACGUAAGCUAUUCCAGGUUGCCUCGAACGGUGAUGGUGCGGGGAUCAUGCUGAGGACCAAUAGAGACUCUGGCAUUCGGACAGCUAGUUUUUUUUUUGAUGAUAGAGAACUCUGGUGGAAACUCUCUCCUGACGGUGAGGAGCAAUGGGGUGUGGGGUAUCCACCAGUGCCCUGGGUGAAUGACUGGAUUACAGAAACAGGCGUAGAUAUCAUCAGGGAUGGGAUGAAAGCCAUUGAAGAACAGGGGGGGUCAACCGCAGAAGGAUAUAAAUCUCUUGUUAAAAAGUUUGGAGCUCCUACCCUCGAUGAGUGGUCAUGA